UUCUGCUCUGCCGCACCGCGCUGCGCCUCGCUCCGCCGCGCCCGAGGCUGCGCUGCGGCAUGAGCGGCCUCCUCGCCCAGCUCGACGCGCUCUCCGCCGCCGCCGCCGCACCGGCCAAGGCGCCAAAGGCCAAGAGCGCAAAGAGCCGGGCGUCGGCCGAGGGCGCGGCGGUGAAGGUGCCCAAGGCGGCCAAGGCGGCGCGCGUGGCGAAGUCAAAGCCCAAGGCCAAGGCGAGCGCGCCAGAGGAGCAGGCCGACGAGGCGACGCUGCUCGCGCUGCAGGCGCAGGUCCGCGCAUUCGGCCUGCGUCCCGCCGCUGGCGUCGCAGCACUGCGCUCGCAGCUCGCCGCGUGCCAGGCAGCGCUGCGCGAGCGCGAGGCCGAGGCGGCCGCAUCGGCGUCGGCGGCGGGCGACACCAGCAUGCACUCGACGUGGUCGGCGCCCGGCGACGUCGACGAGCCGGGCGACGUGACGAUGCAGCUGGCGCGCGAGGCCGACACGGACGCCGAGCGCGAGCCGAGCAGCGACGAGGUGCCGCUGGCGCAGAGCGUGCGGCGGCGGCGGCGGCGCCGCUCGGCGAGCAUGGACGAUGACGCCGCGGUCGACGACGACACCUCGUCGGGCGCCGACGAGCCGGCCGAGGCGGCACCCGGCGCCGUGGAGCGCACGCUCGACGAGGCGCUGCAGCGUGCCGUGCGUGGCGAUGCGCAGCUGCGGCGGCGCAUCCUGCAGCUCGAGCCCGUGGCGUUUGACGAGGUGCUCAGCGUCGCGACGCGUGCCGGCGUGCGCUUCAAGAAGAAGGACAGCGUGCGCGACUGGCUCGACGCUGGCAUCUGCUUCUACUCAGCCGAGCUCACCGGCGCACGCAGCCGGCACUGAGCAGCGCAGCGCACGGAUCUGUCCACAAGGCGGAUAGCAGCAGCACCCCGAACUCUUACUGCAACCCCACCAACGCGUUCCGCUCUCUCGUCCACUGCGCCUCUUGGUGCCAGCCAACGCAGAGCAGCCAGCAUGCCCUCUCGCUGAGAACGAUGCGCUCAGCGCCGUGGCCCGUCACAGCCCACGCGCAGCCAGCCGACGGCGCAAGCUUGCGCUCGCUGCAAACCACCCACGAGACGCUGCAGCCAGCACCGUGCCGCUCGUUGGAUCGCUCUGCACCGUGCCGUGAGCCUGUGCCGCCGGGCUGCCCGGCCCCGAGCCUGUCGACCUGCAGCACAGCGAUGCCUGCCGCAGCCGCUUCUGCAUAGGCUUUGUUUGACAUGCACCAUCGCUUCUCCUGACGAUGCCAGGCGCUGCAGACUGCUCGCUGCCAGCAAUGAGAGUGGAGAUGAGCUCGG